AUGCUUGCAAUUGCGGCGAUUCUCGGCCUAGCCGCGCUAUGUCAAGCCACUCCAGGUAUAGGACCGGCGAUGAUUGACGAGACAACGCGGUGGAGUGAAUGCAAGGACACCAAUCAGAGCAUCUAUGACUUUCAGGUAGAAACCCUGGGCGGAGACUACACAGAUCUCUCACAAUACAAGGGCCAAGUCCUUCUCGUCAUUAAUGUCGCUACAUUCUGCGCUUACACGCAGCAAUACACCGAUUUCAACCCUCUGAUCGAGAAGAACGCCAAUGGUGGAUUCACAAUCAUCGCAUUCCCUUGCAACCAGUUCUAUCUCCAGGAACCAGCUGAGAACCACGAGAUUCUGAAUGGAGUGACGAAGGUUCGCCCCGGAAAUGGGUGGAAGCCCCAUCAGAAUCUGCAUAUCUACGGAAAACUCGAGGUGAAUGGAGAGAACCAUCAUCCCCUCUACGAGUUCAUCAAGGACUCAUGCCCGCAAACGGUUGACAAGAUCGGCAAGACAGACGAGUUGAUGUACAACCCUGUCCGUCCCAAUGACAUUACAUGGAAUUUCGAGAAAUUCCUCAUCGACCGGAAUGGAAAGCCCCGUUUCCGUUUCCACCCAACGGCAUGGAGCCAUGGAUCUGUUGUGCAGCCAUUUGUCGAUCAGCUCAUGAAUGAGAAGGCUGACGCU